GCGCUUCUCUUUCUCAUAUAUGUGAGACUAGUGGUGCUAUAUUUAAGGCUGAAUCAUCAAUCUAAACACAUACCCAAAAAUCCACUAUGAUCUACGUCUCCAGUCAACUGUGUCCGGGUGAGUUUGCACCCGAAUACGCGUAUAGAAAAGUGGGUCCAAUAGUGACGACCUGCACAGGGGAAAAGUGCUACAGACAUGUUUCUGGGCUCUUAACUCUUUUGACUGGAUUCAUACCUGCAAUAGGCUUUCUUUUAGCAUGGGUAACCCACGCAGAUUACGGCCAGGAGUUAGGGUCCGGAUUGCUAUUUUCAGACUAUUCCUAACGUGAAAAACACCGAAAGGCGAUCAAAAGUGGAACAUCCGUGCAUACGCGGAAACUCUCAUAUACCAGGUGCUGCGACGAAUUCCCUCAGGUCCACGAUUUCACACA